AUGGCGGCGCUCGAAGCGUAUUCGACCGGAAAUAACGCUGACGAUCCGCACGAAUCCUCGCUGUUGCACUGGCACCAGCGACUCGGCCACCUCGCGUUCGACACGAUCGAGCGCAUGGCGCGCGACCCAAAAUCGGGCCAUCGGCUGAGUAGCAACAAACGCAUGGCGUACGUGUCGUGCCUCGAGGGUAAGCAGACGCGCAACGCACAGUCGAUAAAUGCAGCGGCGUGCACUCGCCCAUCGAUCGCAUCGGAGACGUCAUCUGAUCGGACCUGGAGGGACGCAGCGGCGAAGAAGUUCGAUACGUUCCUCGUUCAUUUCGAGAAGCUCUUCGGGUUCAAGAUCCACGUGCUCCUCCCGGACGGAGGCGGAGAAUAUACCAACGUGGACCUGAUCUACGAGCGUCAGGGCUUUGCGCGCCAAGGGUAA